AUGACUCGAGCCUACAUCACAGCCAUUCCCAUCGGCGUGGUGAUGAAGAAGGCCGGCUAUUCGGGAUUCACGCAGGACUACUUCUUGGGUCGCAGCAGGGUGGAACCGGGAGACGAGCUCCUCGCUCUCAUCGCCGAGCACAUCUUCCCCGGCGUCGACGACCUCCUCAAGAAGGCAGAAGAACUCGCGAAGAAGGGGUCCAACGCCGACAUUGCGGCCGUGCAUUUCUGGCGCACCCUUGUGAUGUUCCGCCGCAUUGUCGCCGAGGACCUCGCGGUGAAACUCGUCCGCACCCCUUGGCACCCGUACGUCCAGUAUUCCAAGCUCUGCCGGAUUCCCCUCUUCCAGCACUGGGCGAAGAGGGUCGAGAAGACCGACACCGACACCAUAAAAAAGCGGCAAGAUCCAACCCUCAUCCAGCCAGAGGGUAAGGGCGUCAAAGGGCUCGGCAAGAUGGAAGUUUCCAAGCUUCGUGCCGCCCGUGCGUUCGUGGCGCGCGGGUUCAAGCCCGAAACAUGGGUCGCCAACCUGUUCCCGGACACCUGGGUUGAGCAGAUGAAGAAGACGUUGGCCGACCUGGCCCGCGAAAACAACGCCGGGCAGCUGCCUCUGACCCAUAAGUCGACCAAGCGCAAGAAGACCGCGUGA